AUGGCACGUCCAAAAGGCCAAUCUAAGAAGACUGGCAACAACAAGCGCCGUCAUGAAGAUGACGAAGGCAGUGACCAGGAGAAGAUCACUCCAACCGGUACCGUCAAAAGAGCGAAGAAACGGGACAGUAGCACUGAGGAACUUAAGAAAGCUAAGACUGGCCCUGAGACCAAGAAGCGAACAAACAAAACCACAGAAAAGGCCAAGGAAUACCCUACCAAGAGAGCAGCCGAGUCGAAGGUUCAGAAAGGUGGCAAAGCAAAGAAUGAUCAAUCCCAGAACGAUAUACAGGAUGUUAAGGAGAGUAAAUUGAAGGCGGAAGGUCCCAAGAAUUCCGGAAAGACUGCCUCAGUGCCAGCGGAAUCCAAAUCCACUCAAACGCCGCCAAUGCCAGUGAUGAGAAGCUCGAUUUUUGAAGGCUUUGCCCCUGGGGAUACUCAUGUCAGACUAGAGGAAGCUUUGAAAAAUCCAACUCCUCAAAAUACUAAACGUCCACGGCAAACUUGGGGGCCCUUUGACCCACCCAUAACACAGCACGCUAAGAUUCCUGAGGGCUGGAAUCCCACGGAGUACGAUAUUGACGAGCAAAAUAUUGAGGCGAACAUCCAAAGGAAUAUUGAGAGAAUUGCAGAAGGAAUUUUGCCCGCGUUCUUUGAGGCACGAUUGGAGCGUUACUUGGAGAUGAAAAGAGUCCAGGAUGUGAUGAUUGCCUCAGAGCCGGGUUUGCCCUGGGUUGUGAUCCUACGUCUGGAGACUCUCAGCAUGAUGGAGGAGAUGAUGGUGAGGGACGGGGACGAAAGUGACCAGCUUGUGAAUAUCAGAGCUAUCAUGCAAGCAUACCGUGAUAGAAGUCUGGUCUGGGACCCGCCGAAUGUUACCUAUUGGGCGAACGGAAGGCUGUAUAAGGGGCCCGAGGAGCUCACCACCGCGAAGAUGCAUGGGUACUGGCGCGAGCUUGGCUACCCAAAGUCUUGGUUUGUUGAGGGGUGGGAGGGCCCGGCGCCUGAAUCGAUGAACUUCGUUAGUGCUAUUGCGCCGCGAUCGUCCACUAACAUAAUGCAUGAUAUCAGACUUGCCAUCCGACCUGCAGAUAUGCCCGCGCGCCAGAAACAAGAUAAUCGCUACAUCGAAUAUGAUUUCCUGGAUGAUACGGGAUCCAAACACAUGUUGAUUUACGAGCAGGAUUGCUGGGAUAUAGAGGAUAUCUGUAACUUCAUCUGCCCAGAGGCGGGUCAGACAUUUGUGUGCACUGCAGCCGGAACUGGAAUCUUCAAAGUUAUUCAUGUUGAGGCUACCUUGUUCUGGGAUCAGGGUUUUGCCAAAGUCCAAGUCAUACCAUGGACCCCUGUUACUUGCUAUGUGGCACCUGGUCGUCAGGUUGGAAGCCAGCCCAGACUCAGUGGUGUUUGGCUCCGUCAUCUGCUUAACCAUAUUACCAGACCGGACAAAGAGGGUAACUUGUACUUGGCUGACCAGGACCUUGACUCGUCUAUCAAUGUCGGUCCUUAUGCAAUGGCAAACAGGCAGGCACCGCCUCUUGUGUCGUAUAAUAAUGAUCCUGAGGCCUCUAACCUCUAUUAUCCAGGGCCUCAUCUACCUGGUGGAGGUGACCACCAGGAUCCUGAGCCUCCUCGCCGUAGACGUCAUCACCCUGGGCACUAUCCGGCGAACUUACCCCCUGAGGGCUCUCCGACUUGGGGAGAGACUUUGACAGAUAUAUUCAAGCAACUUUUUAGGAUCCCGCGGUAG